GUCAUUCAGAAACGCCCGCCUCAAACAUGGCGGCGCCCUUGGUGAACGUGUAGUUUUUGUAGAGGCUUAAAUUAAAUGUUGUUUUGACGACUAAUGGGAGGGAUAUUAUCGCGUGCAGUAUGGAUAGACGAUCAUUCACAGCUUCUCUUGUGGCAGGGGGCUGUGCAGGAAUGUGUGUAGAUCUCACUCUCUUCCCUCUGGACACCAUAAAGACAAGAUUACAGAGCCAGCAGGGUUUCUACAAGGCAGGAGGUUUCCGAGGCAUCUAUGCAGGGGUCCCAUCUGCAGCUAUAGGCUCCUUUCCCAAUGCUGCUGCAUUUUUCGUCACCUAUGACAGCACAAAGUCUCUACUUGCUGGUUCCACUGCUUCACACUUGACCCCCAUCGCUCACAUGGUGGCUGCUUCACUAGGAGAAAUUGUUGCAUGUUUGAUCCGUGUACCAACUGAAGUGGUAAAACAGAGGACGCAGGCCAAUCCCUCCCUGAGUACCUACCGUGUGCUACUAAAUACACUACAAGAAGAGGGUUUCAGAGGGUUGUACAGAGGUUAUGGCAGUACAGUCCUCAGGGAGAUCCCGUUCUCACUGGUGCAGUUCCCUCUCUGGGAGUACCUGAAGACCGUGUGGUGGAGGAGCCAGGGGGGAACGCUGGACUCUUGGCAGGCAGCAGCGUGCGGAGCUGUUGCAGGUGGGGUAGCAGCAUUCGUCACAACUCCGCUAGAUGUGGCAAAGACUUGGAUAAUGUUGGCCAAGGCCGGGACGAGCACCGCUAGUGGAAACAUCCCUCUGGUUUUGUAUGAGGUGUGGAGAAGCAGAGGAAUACCUGGAUCUCCAAACUCUUACCAGAUGUACAGAAUUCACAGAUGAGUCAUCCAUCACUUGGCAGACACUUAAACAAAGGAGGGGAGAGGAGGAGGUUCUCGAAUGCGUCUCAACAGAAACACAAUCUGGAAUAUUUGUUUGAUCCUGUUGGUAUUUCAAUUCUAUAGUGUGGCUGCCUGUCCUCUAAGAUAACAUUUAUCUAAGAGCUUAAAUUACAGUUGCAACAGCGUUUUAAACAAAAUUAGCUUUGUCAGCUCCCCGUUAAAACAAUGUAACAGAAGUUUUGCGUUUUAUUCAAAUAGUUGUUCUUGGCCACCAUUGACUACCAUGGUAGGAAACAUUUCUUUAUAAAUGUCUUUGUUCUGUUAAACACAAAAGAAGAUAUUUUGAAGAAUGUAGGAAAGCAAACAGUUCUUGGGCACUUUUGACUACAAUUGUAAUUUUUCCUACUACGGUAGUCAAUGGUGGCCAAGAACUAGAUGGUUACAAGCAUUCUUCCAAAUAUCCUUCUCUUUGUUCAUCAGAACGAAAUUUGGAAACAACUCAAGGGCGAGUAAAUGAUGACAGAAUUUUUAUUUUGGGGUGAACUGUCCCUAAAACAGAUGCACCCAUUCUUCUUUUUAGUCAGUUUCUCUGCCCCAUGGCAUCGCAGACCUGUAUGACCUUACAUACAGGAAAAAGAUCAGAUGCGUUAAACGCACAUGAGGGCUAGUAGAUUACGACAAUUUCUAAGAUGAUAUCUUUAAUAAACAAAGGCUGAUAAAAAAGACUUCAUGUCAGACAGAUGACAAACCAAUGAAUAAAAAGUCUACUUGAAAAAAAAGUGACCUUGAGUGCAGCGUCGAGGGAAGGUGCUGUUAACCUCUGUGCCAUGCAGGCCAAGCCAAACACGACAGGCACUCCUUCAACUCACAACUCGAUAACGCAAGCAAACUCUGCUUUAGGCUACGACACAAACCUAAAGCAAAGCAGUGUGUUUUGUGAAAAACUCGAUUGUGACUUGUUUUAUUGAAGUUUAAUGCAAACCUGGUCAAAAACAAAAGUAUUUAACGAAACAUGCAUUAAAACCAGUUCGGCUGCUGAUGACAUAUUAGUGACUGUUUUCACAAACUAAAAGAAUAAACAAUGGAAAGCUGUGGACCGUGACAUUGAAUCAACACUUUUCGCCAGGCUACAGAUGUACCACACCCUUAACAUUCAGGUUUAUUCAGUAACUCCACAACAGGUGACAAUGGCCAUAUAAAAAGCCACAGACACGCGCAUAAACAAAAACACAACAGAGCACACUUCACGGUUGUGAGAAAUUUCUGGUGGGCUGUUUACCAACCCUGAAGCGGGGACCCAAACCACACUCGCACAUGUGGCAAGCCAGGUCGCACAUACAAACCAACCACUACCCCCUCAGCUUUCAAAAUCAAGAGGGCCACCAAAGGGUCAGGAGCCUAUAGUGAGAAACAGGACUCAUAUGCUUCAUUUUCGCUGGCCAAAAUGUUUCCAUCAUAUGGGUUUUUAAGUGUGCUGUCAAAAGUACGUACACUUCACAGUAUGCUAAAUAAAUAGACAAAAUCAAACAACCAUUUAAUCUGAAAUGUACAUAAUUCAUCCAGACUGUUAGGGAGUGACUGCUGCUCAAUGUAAAGAGCCAAGUUGCCUCUGAUAAAUGUUCAUAAUCAAAACAGGAUUUUUUUUAUUUGUUCAUUCAGCUUGGAUCAAGUGCAGGACAUUUUCAAGAGCAAUAACUUCUAUUCAAUUCGACAGGAAUUUUCUUCAACAAGACGACUGACUUUCAUUUUUAAAUGUCAUAGGUGGAGAAUUCAUACGAUCCUGUCGUCAUGUAACAGCAAAGCCAAAAUGAUUAUUCAUAAAUCCAUCGAUAAAUUUAAGCGUCUCCCCAGUUCUCAGGUUAACCAGACACGUUCUCUCCUUGAGUAACCCUAUAAACCACAAUCUCCAACCCUCUCUGCAUCUUAAUGGAGUCUCAAGGCGCAUAUCUACACUUAAAUCCACAAAUGGCCAUGUGAUGGCUGGAGAUGCCAACGCCUUGCCACUUCCUACCGUCGCCAUCAAGGUCUCUUCACGCCACAGGGGAGCCAUUAAAAAAAUGGAAGGAAAAAUUGGCAGUGCAGGGAAACUAUUUGAACAACUGGAAGGUAUUACAGCUUGAUUUUAUACUCUGGCCGUGUCCACAGGGUUUUUCCAAACUUGGAAGGUUUUUUUUUUUCUCAACUUGAUUGAUAUAUUACAGAUGGGCAUGCCUCUGUCCUGUAACCUCAGAAAUCAGUUUCUGUUGGAUGUGUCAGAACGAAAGUAAAGUACAAAAUACAGUAACAUGAAAAGUGACAAUAGGGAUAGUUGUAAAGUUUAAGAGGAUAAAAUAGGAGAUUUAAACACACAAAUGUGACAGUCCAUUGUGACAUGUCUGUUGUAUGGGAUGACAACAAAAAGACUGUUCAACCAAAGUGUCACUCUUUCUGCUACUUGCUACUAAAACUUUGAAACAGUCUUUUUAUCAGCUUAAGCCAUCAAGACAUUUUGUCUUUCAGUCUCCCCUUCUUUAACCUUGCACCUGUCACAUUACAUAAGUAAAAUGGUCCGUAAACAACUUUGAAAAUAUACAAUUUGUCUCUGCUUCACAGAACACGGCUUUCAAAAACGUUCCCGCAAAAUCUAAACGGGCUUUAUGCAUGUUACGAACAUACAGGGCCAAACUAAAGCACUCAGGCAGACCAGGUCAAAUUACUCAGCAGUAGGUUAGACAGUCCUUGAGGCAGAACAUCAACAAAGCUAGCUACCUGCACAAUCACUCCCGUCUAAAGCCCGAUAUCAUGUGUAAUGAAUGUUUCACAGCUCUGUCGAACAAAGGACCAUUAUUUACCAGCAAAACAUGAUGCCAACAUCCCUUUGUCUUCAAAAAGUUAGCCAUGGUUUUAUUUGCAUCAUACCUUUCAGUGAAGUAAGGCCCAACAAAUUCACUUUGACUAAAAUUUGCCAAAUUGCAAAACAGAUAACUCAUAGCUUCCGUGUUAAAACUUGUUUAUGAUUACCAUCUAUAAUAUAAACCCAGCUUUGACAAGAAUAGCGAGAUAGCUGCCAUGCUGUGAGAGCUACAGACAAGACAGGUAUCUUCAGCGGUGAUGAAACAUACAAUAAAGGUGUUAAAGAUAAUACUGUGCAGUAAAAUCGUUCUCUUUGAAAAUGAUACGAUUGUGAUCUCAGCAGCUAAUGAGCAUACAAGCAGAUAACACCAUAGUGACUUUGCCUAGGCUGUACAGAUACAUUACACAAAUCUAACAAGGUUGAGUAGAAACUUUUAAACGUGUUGUACGGUUUACAGAAAAACGGUAAAGCAGAAAACGAACAACACAAUUCUUGUGUAAAGGAAAUAAUCUUUUGAGAUAUAUCUAAGAGUUUACACACUGUAAGACCAGAGUAAAAUAACCACUGCCACUGUUCUCUUUUAAAGGAUCUCAGUGGAUCUGUGGGCCACGAUUAAGACAAAAACACAUUUCAUAUCCAUAAUCUGUGAAAGCAAUGAUCCUUUUUAAGACAAAUACAGUACUACUAACAAUGUACUGUGUUAGUUACUACUAACAUCAUUUUAUACAAAAAAAUUAUACAAUGAAUUAUUGUAUUGUGUCGUGUUAUGUUAGUUAGUUACUAACUACUAAAGAACAACCCUGUUAAAAUCUAUGACAUUUUUAAAUAGCAUUUAAAGAUAUUAAAACCUGAAAAAGCCUUUCAAAACCAAUUUCAACCGUUAUCAGAUAUUAAAAGAUCAAAGAUUAUAAACGUUACUCUUCUUGGUGCCCCAGAAAUGUAUCGCCUAAUAGAUAGUGAUUUAAAAGGUAAAACUGAGAAACUCCGCAACAGUUUAUUUAUGACUGUUGAUUCAUUAUGUUGACUCGUAUCGUAUCAUAUCAUGUCAGAGUUUCCAAAUUUCUGUAACUGACUAACAUGCCAUAACAAGCAGGUCAGUCUUAUCUAUGAUUACUUUUCAAUGCUUAGACAUUUUUAUGUAAUAAGAAAAAAAUGAUAUGCUUGUUGCAAUAGCUGUCGGUAUUAAAAGUUAAGUGAGAGAAUGAAAGACAUAACCAGACAUGAAACUGGACACUUGUCAUCUGUCAUUCUGUGACACAUUUUCUUUCCCGGACGACUUGAAUUAGAUGUGUUAAGUUCUUUUAAGAGAGUGUUAUUAGUAGUUUAGCCGAUUAUUGGGUUCAUUUUCCUUCAGAUAUUUUA